AUGGCCGCUCCUCGCCAAUGGGGCGUCACUCCNCCCGUCUCGACCGCCUUCCCUACCGACAAGGAGCUCGCCCAGAGCGAAGCUCUUCUCGCCGAGCUCAAGGAACAAAAAAGCUUUGAGGCCACCGAAGACACCAACAAGCGCGUCGCUGUCCUGGCCACCUUCCAAAAGGUCACGACCGAGUUUGUCAAGCAUGUCGGCCGGACAAAGGGUCUCUCCGACAGCGUCUUGCAGAAUGCUGGCGGCAAGGUCUUUACCUUUGGCAGUUAUCGCCUUGGUGUCUACAGUCCAGGUAUCCUGCCUGUCACCCCCUCUCUGUCCUUCCUCGCUGACACAUCCACCNNACCAGGCUCUGAUAUCGACACGCUCGUCGUUGCGCCCAAGCAUGUUUCCCGCGAGGACUUCUUCGAGCACUUCCGCGCCAUUCUCGAGUCCAUGUCGCCGCCCGGCUCCAUCGAAAAGUGUACCGCCGUGCCCGAAGCCCACGUCCCCAUCAUGAAACUCGUCUACCAAGCCAUUGAGAUCGAUCUGAUCUUUGCUCGUCUGCAGCUCAACUCGAUCCCACCGAACCUCGACCUGGAAGACAACAGUCUACUGCGCGGCCUGGACGAAGCAGACUUGCGCUCUGUCAACGGAACCAGAGUCACCGAUGACGUCUUACGUCUGGUGCCCCAGGAAAAGACCUUCCGCCAUGCCCUGCGCUGCAUCAAGCUCUGGGCCAGUCGUCGCGCCAUCUACGGCAACAUCAUCGGCUUCCCCGGAGGAAUCGCUUGGGCCAUCAUGGUUGCUCGCAUCGCCCAGCUCUACCCUCACGCUUCCGGCUCGUUGAUUGUUGCUCGCUUCUUCCAGCUCAUGAGAAACUGGCAGUGGCCCAUGCCCGUCAUGCUCAAGGCCAUCGAGUCCGGUCCUCUCGACCAUACCGCCAAGAUCUGGAACCCCAAGAUUUACCCUGGCGAUCAGCGACAUCUCAUGCCUCUCAUCACUCCAGCCUAUCCUUCCAUGUGCGCCACUCAUAACAUCACAAAGUCCACUCUGGCUGUCAUCACCCGCGAACUCGAACGCGGCCACGAAAUCUGCUGCAACAUCAUCGAUGACAAGUCAAACGUGCAAUGGAAGCACCUCUUCGAAGGUCACACCUUCUUCACAAAGGACUUCAAGUACUAUCUCAGUGUUGUUUCCGGCAGUCUGAAUGAAGAAGCUCAAGGCGAUUGGAAAGGCUUGGUCCAAUCAAAGGUCAGAAGACUCAUCGGCAGUAUCGAGCAGUCUCAGCCCAAUGUCGCCUACGCCCGCCCUUUCACCAAAGGCUACGAACGCGUCCACCGUGUCAAGAAUGACGAAGAAAAGGACCAGGUCAUGCAAGGCAGUAUCAAGUUUCAAGUCUCAAAGACCGAGACCGUUGAUGAGGCACAGAAUGUCAAGCAGCUGUCUGCUGAGCAAACCUCUCUGGACAACCUCGACGAGCCUGCCACCAAGGUCGAAAAGCCUGAUGAGCAGGAAAACGGCAUGACCAACAUCUGGACCACGACCUACUAUGUCGGAAUUGAACUGGUUCCAGUACAGGACUUUAGGCACCAAUGUACUCAGGCGACCCAGUACAACGAAGAUGUCAACUCGAUCCGCGUCAUUGUUGUNAAAGAGGAAGGCGAGCAACGUCCUGUCAAGGCAAAGAAGACCAAGGCCGCCAAAGCCGCGAAUGGCACCAAGAAGCGAAACGCCGGCGAAGCCAACCUGGACCAGGAAAACGGCAAUGCACAAAACGCAUCUAAGCGCAGAUCUACGAACAGUCAGGAUGCUCCCAAUGGUGGCAAGCCUUGA